UGCCAGUCAUACCAAUGACAUUGACUUUUGAAACACGAAAUACCCUAGAUAAGACAAGUCCUUUUUGGUGAAACGUGAUGGUGGCAUAAGAGAUAACUCAAGAUGCAGAUUUUUGUAAAAACUCUGACAGGCAAGACCAUCACCCUUGAGGUCGAGCCUUCAGACACCAUCGAAAAUGUAAAAGCCAAGAUUCAAGACAAGGAGGGCAUCCCACCUGAUCAGCAGCGUUUAAUUUUUGCCGGUAAACAGUUGGAAGAUGGACGCACCCUUUCGGAUUACAACAUCCAAAAGGAAUCCACCCUCCAUUUGGUGCUCCGCUUGAGAGGCGGCGCCAAAAAGCGUAAGAAGAAGAAUUACUCCACUCCCAAGAAAAUUAAACACAAGAAGAAGAAGGUCAAAUUAGCCGUAUUGAAAUUUUAUAAAGUUGACGAAAACGGUAAAAUUCACAGAUUAAGGCGGGAGUGUCCUGGAGAACAGUGUGGCGCUGGUGUUUUCAUGGCUGCCAUGGAAGAUCGCCAUUACUGCGGAAAAUGCGGUUACACGUUAGUUUUCUCUAAGCCCGAGGAUAAAUAAUUUAUCCUUUUUAUUAUAUAUUUUAAAUAAAUUUAUGUGAAUAAUA